AUGGGAAGAAGUGGUUCAAGGUCUCUAUCGUACACUCACCGCUCCAAUUCCUAUCGCCAUAGUCGAAGAAGCAGAAGGGACCCAAGUUCUUCCCCCUAUCAUUCCACUACCCGUUCUAGGAGAAGCAGCCGUUCAAGUUCCCUCAGCCGCCUACGCAGAAGUAGAUCUUCCUCGUUAUCUCCUUUCCCCAAAUUGUCCAGUUCCAGUCCUAGUCGUGCAUCCACUGACCAGAAUCAUUCCAUAGAGAAGCUUAAGAAGGAGGAAGAAGAGAAGAAAAGGCACGAAGCAGAGUUGAAGAAGUUAGAAGAAGAUGCAGCUAGAAUGAUGGAAGAACUAAUUCAAAAGAAUGUUGAAGAAAGGUUAAACUCUGAAGAGACUAAAUUAGAAAUACAGAGACGAAUAGAUGAAGGUCGCAAGAAGUUGUUUGAUGAUGUUGAUGUGCAGCUUGAGAAAGAGAAAGAAGCCGCUCUUACUGCUACAAGACAAAAAGAAGAACAAGCACGGAAAGAGAGAGAAGAGCUAGAUAAAAUGCUGGAAGAGAAUAGGAGAAUGGUAGAAAAAGCUCAGCGACGAUUAGUUCUGGAGCUACAGUGGAAGGAAGAAGAACAAUAUUGUGAGCUCGAGUUGAUUCAGAGACAAAAAGAGGAGACAGCUCGGAGAACUAAGCUAGAUGAUAAGAGUUUGAGUUAUGUUUUGCUGGGAGUUAGUGAAGAGUCAAAAGCUUAUAGACUCAUGUAG